GACCGGGCUGGUACAUACCUACACUUGCGCGCAUUGUGUACUGCUAUCUGUACGCGGCUUGCAGUAAUAGCGCGAGAUAACAGCUGACUUACACACGUUGAGUCUAGACAGACUGUGUAUAUACGUGUAGUGAAAGCUGUAUAGUGUUUAUAGUAGUAAGUGUAUAGAAGUGUUUAGAAGAGUGUAUACAAGUAAAAGAAGAAUAUAUUAUAAAAGUGAUGGGAAGAAAAUACGACAAAACACAUUUGCCUCUCACUCGCCGCAGGAUGUCGCGAAAGAAAGGAUGGAUGAAAAGGCGACAGUUACUUAUCAGUGAGAAGACAAAGCAAGACGUAAAAAACUUGUCAAAGAUGUGUCAAAUUGUAAGUGAUACAGGUAUGUAUAAUGUCGAACAAGAUGUUCGAUUAGCUAAUAAAUUAGACUCGAGAAGCAUUGAAGAUGUUAGUAUGGAAUCCGUCGACUUUAAAACAUCGGAUGAAUUAUUUCCCGAUAUGACGUAUUCAAAUAUCAAAACAAUGCAGUGUCUCGAGUCAAAUACAUGCAUGUAUGUCGAACAAGAUAUUCGUCUUUUCGACGAUAACGAAAAGUUAAUUGACUCGAGAAGCGUUGAGGAUACUAGCGAAUCCGUCGAUUUAAACAAAUCGGAAGAAUUAUUUCCCGAUACGACGGAUUCAAAUAUCAAAACAAUGCAGUGUCUCGAGUCAAAUACAUGCAUGUAUGUCGAACAAGAUAUUCGUCUUUUCGACGAUAACGAAAAGUUAAUUGAUUCGAGAAGCAUUGAGGAUACUAGGAAUCCGUCGAUUUAA